CUUUGGCCAGUUGUACACAGACUACUGUAUUCUGCAGCUGUGUGCGACUUAACAAGUGUGAUUCAGAAAUCGGAUUUGAUAUAUAUUUUUAUAAGCGAAAAACUUAUUUUGUUUUAAGCUGCUUGAUCGAGUACCUUGUCGACUUUCUCCGAGCCGUACUUUAUGUUUCCCGGCUGAUGAUUUAUUCAUCACUUCUCUAGCAAAAGAUAUCGCAAAGAAGUGUUGUGCAUCAUUCGGAAGACGGAGGGCGAAUCGAAAUGAGGAUUUAUUCUUGACAUGAAACAUAUUUUAUGAUCCUGAUUGUACUGAAGAGCCGAGGAACUGUAAUGAUGGCUGAUAUGGUAUCAACAGAAUCUGCUCUAGAAUCGGAGGCUCCAGUGCUUGUGGAUAGUCAGCUGAUAAAUGGAGUUUUCACAGUUCUUCUACAGAAAAGGAUGGAAAUGAAUGAACACAUCACAGAUAGAGAUGAACAUGAAAAUAAGAGCUGCUUUUACUAUCUACGAACAUACAAGCUGAAGGAGAUUUUUACGUGGCACCUUUUUAAGACAAUAGUCUUGGGUCAGGGAUUAUCUGUGCUAAUAUGUGGUACUGGCAUUACUAGUCAGUAUUUAGCUAAUGAUUUCUCUGUCAAUACUCCAAUGCUUCAAAGCUUCAUCAAUUAUACAUUAUUAUUUCUGGUUUAUGUUCCGUUGCUUUCUUUCCGAAGGGAAGAUAAAAAUCUCUUGUCAAUAUUAAAAAAAAAAUGGUGGAAGUAUUUGUUGUUGGGAAUCGCCGAUGUUGAAGCUAAUUAUAUGGUUGUAAAGGCCUAUCAAUACACGACACUAACAAGUGUGCAGCUCCUGGACUGUUUUGUGAUUCCUGUGUUAAUGGCCCUUUCAUGGUUUAUCCUUAAAACCCGUUUCCGGAUAGUUCAUUAUGUGGCAGUGUGUAUCUGUUUGUUGGGUGCUGGAACAAUGGUUGGAGCAGAUGUUGAAGCUGGGAGAAACCAGGGUUCAGGUACCAACAUAUUACUUGGAGAUGUCCUUGUUUUGGGUGGAGCAGCUCUUUAUGCUGUUUCUAAUGUUUGUCAAGAAUACACUGUGAAGAAUUUGAGCCAAGAGGAGUUUCUGGGCAUGGUUGGAUUGUUUGGCACUGUCUUCAGUGGAAUACAGAUGGCCAUACUUGAGUGUACAGAAAUCGCCAAAAUUACCUGGAACUGGCAAGUUGCCUUACUUUUCACUGGAUAUGCCAUAUGCAUGUUUGGACUGUACAACUGCAUGCCCUUGGUCAUUAAAAUAGCCAGCGCAACUGCAGUGAACCUAUCUUUGCUGACAGCAGACCUUUUCAGCCUUUUCUUUGGAUUUGUUCUCCUUCAAUACACAUUCUCCAUGUUGUACAUUUUGUCCUUUGUCAUCAUCAUAGUUGGGUUUAUUUUAUACAACUCAGUCCCAACAUUUACCCCUGAAGCUGCAGCCCAACCUGCUGUUGAUGGAGUUGAUAAUCCUGUUUCUGAGACAGAGGAAACGUACAAUAAAGAAGAGUCUGCAAUACAUUCUCCACAGAAGGUCAUUCCUGAUGGAACAGUAUAAAAGAAAUCCAGUAUUACAAAUGUGUUAUGAAAACUUUGGUGAAAUGAGUCCUUUGAACUGUAUAACUGAAGUGUCAUUUUUAAAUUUUGUUUAAGCAAAUGUUGCAGGCUGCUAGUUUGUUUACCGUACAGAGCCAAUUUAUGUAGUUUGACACAAAUGCCAUAAAGAUUCUUACAGUUGCAGAAUUUUGUUUUUACUGAACACCAAAAAUGGCCAAGUACAAACAGACUUGCUAGUUUAAAAUCAAAAUAAACUGCUAAAGUGUUCAGGGUAUUUUAGAGAAUGUUAUCCUCCUUAUAAUCCACUGCAAUCGGUGCCUUGGACACGGUGAAUCUAUUAAACAAUACAGUUGAAUUAGGUCACACCACUUUGACUUGUAGUGUUUAUUUGUUCACCUCUUUGUUUAUUUUUUUAAAGAACAAAAGUGUGCUUAUCCCACUGCAGAACUGGAAAUAGAGCAGUUGUUGCGCUAUGAAAAGUUUCUCUUGUUAGUUUGCUGAGGGCAGCCACAAGAUAUGUGUUGAUGGCAUUGCACCAAAACUCUGACAUAGUGAAAUCAAUUGCUUUUUUUUACCGUGUGACAUUCUUUAUACAUGCUGCUACUGAAAAAGUAAGGAUAUUUUACAUCUAGGCAAUGAUAAGUCAGUUUCAUUUAGCAUGCAAGUUGGCAUGAAGAAGAUUUGUUUUUGUUGCACUAAGAUGCAGGAUUUUUCAGAGGUCUGAAUCACAAUUUUCAUUCAGCAUAGUCAGUGACAUUUUUCGACAGGAAAGUAACCCAUUUUUACCUUUUUAUGCUUGUAGUGACAUUAGACACACCAUUGCAGUACACAGUUUUUAGAGAUAUUAGUAUGCACUUCCAGGAGUGUAUUUUUAGUAAAGGUGAACUAAUGUUUAAAAUUGCAUUAGAUGUAGCUGGCAUACUUUUUCCAAAGUAGUUUUUAAAGUGCAGCCAUUUUAUGCAGUUCUUAGUAAAUUUGACCUCUGCAAACACACUAAAGAAAAAGUUAUUUGCAUUAUUGGGCAAAUCACAUCUUAGAUCUGCAGUGUAUUGUAACCUGUUUUUUAAAUUCCACAAUUUAGAAGCAAGGCCUCAAGGAACCCAAAUAGUAUUUUUAAAGAUACUUACUACUAGUUUAAAAACUGGACUGUGAUAGAAGGCAGCAGCCGCUGCAAUCCUGUAGAAUCUUGGGAAAGUGAGUUCUGUAGAUUUAAAAACUUUGCAGGACCUGAAAGUGUUUUCGCAGUCCUAGUUAGUCUCCUCAUUUUUAGACUAAUUGCUUGAAACUAUAAAGCCCAAACUUGAAGAGAUUGAAAACGGUUCUCUGUAUAUAAACUCUUAAAAAAUACAUUUUUUACGAAAGUAAAUAUGGCAUUCGCAGGUAGGCAAUUAAGAUUGUUGAAUAAGGAAACGUUUAUUCUAGGUAGAGUAGGUUUAUAGCCAUAAAUGUAGUCAUUGAUUGAUGCAAAAAGUGUUUGACCAAAUUAUUGAAAAUGUGUUUCUCCAUCAACUGAAAAAAGACUUGCUGUAUGACAGCAAUAAUAUACUCUGUUGUUUACGACAAAAGUACCAUUUCAUCUCCUCUGGGUGAUGAAAAUCUUACUAACUAGUUUUAUUUUACAAAUAAAAAAGUUUGUUUCAUUUGUCUUUUUCUUUUAAAUCUGCUGGGUAUGCACUUAUAAUAAUUUAAAUGUUUUUUUAAAAAGUAGUCAUCUUGUAAAUUUUGUUUUAAAGUGUAAAUUUAUUUCUGUACAACUUUAUGUUAAGCAUUUUUCAUGUAAUGAAAAGUUAAAGGCAUUACGGCAUACGAUUUCACUAUUGUAUAGUAUGGAUUAUAACACUGAAAAGGUUUGACCCUGACUAUUUUGGAAAAAAAAAAAACAUUUUUGUAAUUGAUAUAGUUAAAGACUCCAUGAAGGUCUUUUAGGUUGUAAUGCUUAUUUUUAUAAAAGCGUUUUGUUGAAAAGAAAUGCAAUAAUUUCCCUUUGUGUAAGAUGGUGAGAUAUAGAGUUUACCACUGUUUAUGAAGUAUAUAAUGAAUGUUUUACAUGUAGAUUUAUUAUAAGACUUGAAGGUGAAGAUUGUUUGAAGGGAAUUAUUAUAAUUUAUUUCUUUUCAUUUUACAAUAAACUCAUCAGCUAUUAUACUAGUUCAUACACAAUUGUAUUAAGAUUUGUUAAUUAGGAGUUCACUAUCUGACACUGAUCAUUAGUACCUUUUCCAGUUAAUUUAACAUUAUUUUCAAAGACUGAACAAGCUAUUUCUUCUUCAAUUUCACAAAUUUAGCUUAUCUGGGCCCAUUUGCUUAUUUUUCAAAAAGCGGAUUAUGUCUAAUGAUACUAAUAUUCUGUAUUGUGCAGCUAUUUUUUAGUUGAGUGUUUAAAAACUACUAGCAGAACACAAUAAAAACUGGUAUACUUAACAGAACAAGUACUUUUAUCCUUUAAUAUUCAGUUAUACAUAAGUAAAACUAAAUCAAAAAGGUUAGUGUUUGUCAACUAAAACAUGUCAUGUCAUUUCUAAAUUUUUGAUGUUGGGGCCUAUCCCAGCUAGCAUAGGCAGCCAGACCAUCACAGGGUGAACACACCAAACACAUACAGGCCAAUUUAGUGUCGCCAAUUCAGCAAAACUGCAUGUCUUUGAAAAGUGGGAAGAAACCAGAGAAACUCAUGCAGACACAG